AUGGACAAAGAAUUGUCCAGGACAAAUACUGGAACCUCUCGUGUUGUCAGGAAGAUUUGUAUAUCAACAACUGAAGAGAAUGCAUUGGGGGGAGAUGUAAAACUGCCAUGCCCAAAACCAAUAACUUUUUUCGGUUGCAAACGGGACAAUUCUGAGACAUCCCAGGAUGAAGACCUGGAAUCACCCGGUUCUGACAUCCGUGGAGAUGACCUGUUUUUGGCUAUCCAUCCAGUGUCAAGCCAAGGAGAGUCAGAAGACAAGUGGCCAAGGGAAAAGCUAUGCAGCAAGCAAGAUGUGAGCAGAAGAAAGAUAAAAAAAAGUGGAGAGAGACCAAAUGUCGGGCUAUUUCUGGUUGAGGAGGAGAAGAGUACUUUAAAAGUUGGACAUCUGGUCAAAAAAAUUGGCAAGCAAGGAUCAGGACGCACUGACUUCACCUUACCCAGUGGAGUUCAUGCCACUCCUCAAGGGCAGCUGUUUGUGGUGGACUGUGGAAAUGUCUGUGUGCAGAUAACUGAUCUACAGAGAAAUGUUGUGCAACAAAUCUCUCCUCCAGCAUGUGAGGGUACUUCCAGACAUUGCUGUAACUUCUUUGAUGUCGCUGGUAAUAAUAAGGGCUUAAUAGCCCUUACUUGUGCUGCUGAACGUGUACUCCUGGUGUUUAGCCGGCAUGGCCGCCUUCUGCAGACUUUUGGAGGAUCAUCAGGGCCAGCAGGUGCUCAGCAAGAUCUGGAAGCUCCAAGAGGAGUCACUGUGACACAGCAAGAUGAGUUUUUGGUGGCAGAUAUCCGCCGUGGAACCUUAACAGCCUUGAAGCUGGAUCCUAAGACAGGAGCUAAAAUGGAGCGCACAGUUGUUACAGGCUUCCAUAGGCCUUACCUGGUGGCAAAUUGCUUGACAUCUGGUUUGAUAGCCGUCUCUGAGAGGGGCAAUGAAACUGGACGGGCACCUUGUAUAAAGGUGCUAGAACCUGGGUGGAACACCAUUCGUAUCUUGGGUUUCUGCUCUGGCAUGGGUCCUGUCCUUUUGAAUCCUUGGGGCAUUUGUAUUGAUGCAGAUGGAGAUGUGCUGGUUGCAGACUGGGGAAAGCAGCACUGUAUUGUGCUUUAUUCUUCUGUAGGUGUUGGUCAGUCUAUUGUGAGCCAAGGUCUGAGCAGCCCUAGAGGCCUUGCUGUGCUCCCUGAUGGCCACCUUGUAGUAUCAGACAGCAAAGUUUUCAUGCUGUCAGUAACCUUCAAAUAUCAGUUCCUUAUAAAAAUGGGUGGAUUGGCUCUGAGCAACGCAACUCCAGUGUGA